UUCUCCCAGCCGAAGAUGACGUCCAAAAUCUCCAUCGCACUUUUCCUCGCGGUGCAAUUCUUUGCCCCCGCCGAAGCCCAGCAGCGCUCUCGCCAGCGGCCUAGCUACCGAACAUGCACCGACGGAGUGACUCCUCAAUGUCCCGUUGAGGCAACGACAUACGGAUAUUAUCCCGAACUCGGUCCAAAUGCGUUUUUCCUGGCACUUUUUGGUCUACUUUUCGUUUCAUCCCUCAGUAUUGGCAUCUGGUCCAAAACAUGGACCUAUACACUCGCACUCGGUGGAGGAACACUUCUCGAAGCACUCGGAUAUCUCGGUCGUGUAUUGAUGCAUAGCAAUCCAUGGAACAAAUCAGGCUUUGAGAUGCAAAUCUGCUGUCUCGUUCUCGGUCCUUCCUUUGUCGCCGCCGCCAUCUACCUUACUCUCAAGCAUUUUGUCUUAUACUGCGGUCCACAACACUCGUUCCUGAAAGCUCGUCUUUAUCCCUGGCUUUUCGUUGGAUGCGAUUUUGCUUCCAUCGUCAUGCAAGCCAUUGGUGGUGGAGUAGCAGCUGGAGGAGGUAGCUCCGAUAAUCUCGAUAUCGUCAACGUCGGCAACAACCUCAUCCUCGCCGGUAUCGCGUUCCAGGUCGCCACUAUGAGUGUUUGUGGUGUCCUUGUUCUGAGCUACCUGUGGCGCUACCGCAAAGCCCGCGCCGAACGCCACGCCUCGCAGGAAAAGAGUGCUUUCGAUCUGAGCAGGUCUCAGGGCACUGUUUCCAGGAAGCUCUAUAUCUUCGGGGGCAUGCUUGUGGUUGCCUACGUUACCGUCCUUAUUCGAUGUAUCUACCGGUUGCCCGAGAUGGCUGGGGGUUGGGGCAACCCGCUAAUGCGCAAGGAAAAGGAAUUCCUUCUGCUAGAUGGAAUGAUGCUUGCUAUCGCAUGUAUUGGACUCACCGUGUUCCACCCCGCCUUUUUCUUCGCGCCCUUUGCUGAGUUCCGCAAGAGCAACCGUAAAACCGUCAGCGAAGGAGACGCUUCCAAUUAG